GAAUACAAGGGGGCGGGACUCGCCCGACAUUGACCUCAAUAUGAUUUCCUUUCGUGAAUUUAUUGCAAGAGGCUUUUUUCCCUCUUAUUCUCAGUUCUUGAGAGUGUCAUCUGCAUGUUUUGAAGAGACGAGCUAAACUGAACUUCUUGAAGACCCGAGCCCGCCAUGGAGUCGACCGCUGGAAAAAGUCACCCGGGCUCAAAAAGACGCCGUUUUCAAAUCCCAAUCACUUCUUACUUCUCUGCAUCUCACCCGGAUCCUUCCACGCAGUCCGAAUCUUUAUCUCACUAUAACUAUGUUGCUCCAACGUCCUCCGCCAAUCCUGCUCUUCCGGACAAAGUCCAAUCGUCACUCCUGACCGUGGGAAUGCGUGUCCGCAAGGCUGUUCCAGAGGGCUACCAGACCGCACUUAAAACAUCUAGGUUAAAUGCGUAUAUGACCAAUCCUGCUUCCUACAACACGAACUCAUACGCAGAGUUGACACCCUACUGUGGAGGUUUCAAAAUCGGUAAUCUAGCCGUGCAGACAUUUCCUCCGCCUGCUAUACGGGAAGAUCACGAAGUCGCUUUUGGCCGAAUAGACGAGGAAUCUGUGCCAUCGAGUAGCCAGGAGUCCACCGAUUCUGUGAUGCCAUCGAAUCCGCAUAAACGUGCAUUUGGUGAAGACGACGCUGAGGACGAGGAUCAGGAAGAGGACAUCACUUCGUUGUACAACCCAAAGGCCUCGAACCCAAACACCGCCGCCUACAGUACUUCUCGCUUGCCAUUGAGAACAAUUCUUCGUCCAAGGUCAGGACGGAAGACGCAGCGAUUCGUUGCUAGUUCCAGGGCCACCAUGGGCUCUUUGCAAAACAAGCUAGAUCAGAUGUGGGGGCUAUCUGGACAAGAAAAUCGACAUCCGACGUUAAAUAUUCCCUUGUCAGCAGACUUCGAAGAAGCAACAUUCUUAAGACGGAGAGAAGAAGUCGACGAGGACUACGAAAUGGGUGGUGUUUAGAACCAAGAUCCCUCUUGCUUUUCUUCCUUCGUCGAUCCGUUUGCUCGUUGUAUAUUUUAUUUGUCAUCUUGGUCAUGGGUUGGCUUGCGCAUUUGGUUUGGAGUUUGAUACCUUGUCAGCGAAUUGGCAACUUUUCCUAUCUGAUUUGCAUAAUACUGCAGGGAGGUUGUUUUGGGCGCAACUCCGGAGUACUGGGGAUCGUUUGCCGCGGCCAAUAGAUCAUAAUUGUGGAAUAGAUGCUGGCCACGGUAUGAACAUUGGCGAAUGUGAUACCAUUGUUGAUUGCCUUUCUUGCGACUUUGAUAUAUUUAUUCUGUAUUCUGUCCAGAGGACGCAAGGCGGAUCCCUUUAUUAGAUUGUUCGGGGUGUAGCUGCUGGGCUCUUGAUUGAAGCCGACCAACCGACCCGGUUUCGCCGAUCUCUGGAGUUAAUUUGAGAGCUCCGCUUCUACACUUUUUUAACUUUCAAACAUCCAACUCAAUAACGCUAACCACUGUUUCGA